AUGGCGGUGCUGAGCCGGACCAGCACAGUGACCCUGAAGUAUCUGGUGGGGCCAGCGCUGACUGAUGCCGGGAGUCUGUCCUCUCCCCUGGGUGUCCGGUCCACCCCAGUGACUCUCAAAGUCCUGGAGGAGCGAUCUUUCCUGUGUUGUUGGUGUUUGGCAGUGUGUGCUGGAUGGCUGCUGUUGCUGUACGUGCUGCUGUGCUGCAGGGUCGCCGCUGUCCGAGCGGCGCCUCUUUGCCCUGACGCUCAGUCCAGGUGUGAUGUCCUGCCGCUGGCCAACCUGUUUGACCGGCUCAUUCAGCACUCAGCUCGGAUGCAUGGUUUUUCAAACGAUCUCCACUCACAGUUUGAGCUUUACUUCUGGCCUCCUAGAAAUCAGGUUGGUCGGGUCAGCCGCAACUGUCACACCUCGACCAUACUCACCCCGAACGGCAAGGACAACGCUCAGAGAAUGGCACAGGAGGAGCUGACUGAGGUGAUUCUGAAGCUCCUGGUGGCGUGGAGAGACCCUCUGCAGCAUUUCCAUCAAAACAUGGCUCACCACCACGACUUCAGCCACUCCAGCUUCAACAAAUCUCUGGAAAUGAGUAACAUGGUCCGUGAGCUUCGCAAAGGAGUCCAGAAAGUAGUUGAGAAGAUGCAGAUGUUGGGAAUGAUGAGUAACUCAAUCAGCAGCGUAGCGUCUCCUGAGGCUUUGCUGCCAUCUGAUGGCGCUGAAUGGCAGCUCAUGAAAGACUAUGACCUCCUCUACUGCUUCCGUCGGGAUUCCAAUAAGGUGCAGAACUACCUGAAGAUCCUGAAGUGUCGCAUUGUUCCACAGCACGGCUGCUGA